AUGGUGUGCUUUGGUUGUAUUGCUCUAGUCUUGCUGACCACUUAUGUGAUCUACAAAGCUUAUUUCUAUUUCGCAUCUCAAUAUAAUGAUAGAUAUUAUGUGCAAUCAGUGGUGAUUUCUGGUUGUGAUACUGGAUUUGGAAAUUUGCUUGCUACUAGAUUGGCAAAUCAAGGAACUUUUGUUAUUGCCGGUUUAUACAACUUAAAGGUAUAUUUUUUUGAAGAAUUUUCAAGAGAAAAAAAUAUUGAACACUGUCUUUGUAGAAUGAGCAUUCAAUCCGUGAAAACAUCAAAAAUCAAAAGAAUAUCGUUUUUCAUCAAUUGGACGUGAGCAAAGAUGAAUCAGUGAAAGAGUUUGCUGAUUUUGUUGGAACGACUGUGAAAGGUAAAGGUGUUUGGGGAGUCGUUGCAAAUGCUGGAAUUCUUGGAAACACUGGACCAGAUGAUUGGUUGAAUGUUAAUGAUUAUAUUAAUGUGAGUCAGAGCUGGGACGAAAGUGGAAUUGAUUUUGUUUUUAAAUCUGAUUUUAGAUUAUCAUUUAAGGUUAAUCUAGAAAAACUUCAUUGUAUAUUGUGUUUGUGAUCUUUAACUUGAAUUUAUUAUCAUGAUCUAAUCACAGCUAGGAAAAUAGAAUAUCUUACAUCAGUUUAAGAUCAAAUUUGGUACAAAUAUAUUUGAGAACGCGCGCAGAAUAAUCUUACCAUCUUUAUAAAAUCUAGUUUUUCAGACAAUGCAAGUCAACACCUUCGGAGUAAUGAGAUUCAUUCAAAAUCUCAAAAAAUAUGUCAAAGUUCAAAAAGGAAGGUAAGUACUUAUUCUCAUAUCUCUUUUCAUUUCCACCUAACAAAAAUAUUUGCAGAGUUGUCAUCAUCUCAUCAAUUUCUGGAAGAACACCAAGACCAACAGUUGGACCAUAUUGUGUUUCCAAACAUGCUGUCGAAGCUUACGCUGAUGUAAUUCGUCACGAACUCAGUGAUUUUGGUGUCUCUGUGCAUAUGUUGGAGCCUGGAUUCUUCACAACACCGAUCACUCAAACUGCCACAAAUGAUUUGGAUAAAGUUUGGGAAAGAUUGGAUGAGGAAACUAAAACAGAAUAUGGCAAAAAGUUCUUUGAUGAUUGUGAGUUGAAUUUGAAUUUCAAAUUAUUUUUUAAAUGUUUUUUUCAGACAAAAAAUCUCGAUUCUCCCGCUUAUCUCACUGCGCUGACAAUUUGAAUCCAGUUCUUGAUGCUUAUGAACACGCACUAUUUGGAACAUACCCAAAAUCUCGCUAUUGGGUUGGCAUGGAUACAGUACUUUUCUACAUUCCUUUGGCAACUCUUCCAACUUUUGCGCAAAAUUGGUUUAUUGCUAUUCAACGUAGAAAUCGACCAACUCCAGCAGCAAUGAUUGAAAGAACUCAUUAA